AUGCGUUCCAAUCUAAUUCUUGUCGUCAUUCUGUACGGAAUAUCUUUGUGUUCGAUCGCAUCGCUCUUGCUCACAACAUACAUCUACAAGGUCAAAUGGCAUCCAGUAGUCAGUGUGAUACUAUGGAUGUUAAUACCGAGUGCGAUCCUGGCCUUGUUGCAUUGCCCUCUUGACGAUAUACUGCGAGAACGACUGCCCAUCAUCCCUGCCGAACGACCGUGGGAUCAACAACAUACACCUCUGGCUUACUUUUGUGCCGUGGACGGUAUUCUUUUGUACAUAUCCAGUGCCAUUAGCUCCGGGUUAACCGUUUCCUUCACACUCUCUCUGUUUGCGGUAGUUGUCAAGUCGAAACAUCCGGAUAUUUCAACAUCACCAAGGACGUGGCGAUCAUUCAGAUGGUUGUGGGAUCCUUCGACAACAACAUUAUGUAUCGCCCCCUUCAUUUGGUCACUCCCGCUCAUUGCAUUCGGUAUCGAAGCCAUAUUGCGGAAUUUUCGUACCAAAAGUCAUCCCCCAAUAUAUUAUUCGAAUACGUACUGUAACAUUGAUGAUGUACUUUAUCAAGCGGUAUCUGGGGUUAUCCUCGGACUUCCACUUAUAAUUGCGACCGCCCUGAUACUUGUGAUUAUUGGCAAUCUUGCCUAUCUCGCUAUCAAAGGCCGCGGGAGAACAUCUGAAUCGGUCAACAUACCAUUAGCUUUGAGAUUCGCAGCCAUUGUAAUUCAGAUAUUCAUUACGGCAAUACUUAUGCUCUGCGAGAUCUCGCUCCAAGAUGAGCAACUCCGUGGCGUAUUUCAUCUGCAUAUCUACUGGACAAGCGUGACCCCCCUGAUCUUCUUCACCAUCUUCGGGACCCAGCAGGAGCUGAUGGCGAUCUGGAAAUACUGGGCCUACCGCCUGGCCGGAAAGCAACCCCAUUAUACGCCACGGUCGUCCAAUGAAGCUCAGACGCUCUCCGGUUCGUCUGCUCCUGGUACUAUCAACGCCAAUGAAUCCCAUGUUAUACGCAAACUCAGAGAAGGGGCUCAUGAUGUAUACAAAGGGAACUCGAAGAGGCACAGAGCUUCCUCUUCGGCAGGAGAGCGAACAUCUGGCUCUAUUGCGGAUCCACUCGCGCUGACAGGGAUGAAGCAUUCAACCGACCCUUCAGAUCUCAGCUACCGGACCAACCAGGAUCUCGAAGCUGCGAGUCCAGACAAUAACUACAAGGACAAUCGAGCAACGCUUUCUCCAGUAAUCCCAGAGUUAUCGUGCCUGGAAGGCCCCAAGGUAUCUUCGCCUGCCACGUCCCCCGGGCGACCACGCUUUUACUCGUCAGCAUCUAUACUCUCUUCUCAGGCACUACCUAGUUCACAUGGCCAUUCUGGCACUCGUGGGCUACUGGCAUCUCAAAGUAAUCUAAUUCACUCUGAGCCUCCGCUAAUUGUCGUCAACGAUGGGUUUGGAGCCGUCUUUGGAGCUCAGGUUCCGGCAAAUACAUGCGCCGGAAUGAUGGGCAGGCCGAUUAUGACGCGUCAGGAGCGUGAGCGUUGGUUAGCAACAGAUGAACGGCAACGACCUCCAAGGGUUGGCUACGGACGAGAACGGAGGCAAAGCAUAGGCCUUCCUCCCCCACCGAGAUCGCCCCGGCAAUCAAAUGGGAGGCCUUCGUCGGCGGGUGGCGUUACAGUGCUGGGGUCAAAUCAGAGGCGGGACACAGAAUUAGGUCCCCGAGCGUCACCAUCUUUGAAUUGGAACUCACAUUUUCAUCACGGCUCGAACACUUCAGUCCAAGGCGCUAGGAACCGAGAGCUUAGUUAUGGCGGGAGUGGGAGCGAUCUGGGCAUUGAAAUGGAAGAAAAGGUCAAGACUCCGUCCAACGGGAGUGAGAGUUUCGAAAGAGAUGUUCAACGUGAGAGCCCGGAAGGGAGCCUUCGUUCGUCUUGGGUCUCCAAGGAUUCCCGUGUUUCUAUUGCCUCGGACAGGACUUUUGGAUAG